CGUGUUACUGCCACUGCCACUGCCACUAUAAAGUGGCAGGCAAUCUCUGCUACUGAGCACGGCUCCGAUCCACUUCACCGAUCUGAGAUCCACUCCUCUUCAUCUUGCUGCGUGAGCGACCGAGCUCUCGCUCGCCGGAGGAUCCAUCGAGAGGGAGCGGCAAUGGCGGCCAUGCUGCUGCACGGCACCCUGGAGGCGACCAUCUUCGAGGCCAAGUUCAACAUCCCGGGCAGCAAGUUCCUGGACGCGCUCCUCCCGCGCGUCGAGGGCCUCCCCACGGGCCGCCCGCAGCUCUACGCCACGGUGGACCUCGCCGGGGCGCGCGUCGGCCGCACCCGCGUCGUCGUCGACGGCGACCCGGGGAACCCGCGCUGGGACGAGCCCUUCCACAUCUACUGCGCCCACGUCACCGCCGACGUCAUCUUCUCCGUCAAGGCGCGGCUGCCCGUCGACGCCGCGCUCGUCGGCCGCGCCUACGUGCCCGUGCAGGACCUCGCGGGACCCAAAGAGGGCCGGCUCGUCGACCGGUGGCUGGACAUCCUCGGCGAGGGGCGGAGGCCGCUGCCCAACGGGCCCAAGCUCCACGUCCAGGUGCGGUUCACCGGCGCCGCCGCCGACCCCCGGUGGGGCUCCGGCGUCGGCGGCGGCGCGGUGCAGUUCCCCGGCGUGCCCCGGACCUUCUUCAAGCAGCGGCAGGGGUGCCGGGUCACCCUGUACCAGGACGCGCACGUCCCGGACGCGUUCCGGCCGCCGGCGAUCGAGGUCGCCGGCGGCGUCCGCGCCUACGAGCCGCGCCGCCGGUGCUGGGAGGACCUCUACGACGCCAUCAGCGGCGCGCGGCACCUCGUGUACGUCACCGGCUGGUCGGUGUCCCCCCACAUCACGCUGGCGCGCGACGCCGGCCGGCCGCACCCCGGCGGCGGCGUCACCCUCGGCGAGCUCCUCAAGCGCAAGGCCGGCGAGGGCGUGCGCGUGCUCAUGCUGGUGUGGGACGACCCCACCUCCGUUCUCAACCUCGGCGUCAUCCCCGGCCAGAUGGGCACCAACGACGCCGACACCUUCAGCUACUUCCGCGGCAGCCGCGUGCAGUGCGUGCCGUGCCCGCGCAGCCCCGACGACGCAGCCAGCUUCGCGCAGGGCCUCAAGACGCUCGCCUUCAGCCACCACCAGAAGUCUGUCGUCGUCGACGUCGCCGGCGACGGCGGGCGCCGCCGCGUCGCCUGCUUCGUCGGCGGGCUCGACCUCACCAACGGGCGCUACGACACGCCAGAGCACUCGCUGUUCCGGACGCUCAACACCGCGCACAGCGACGACUUCUACCAGGGGAACAUCCCCGGCGCCGCCAUCGGCUCCGGCGGGCCGCGGGAGCCCUGGCACGACAUCCACUGCCGGAUCGACGGCCCCGCCGCCUGGGACGUGCUCCACAACUUCGAGCAGCGGUGGAGGAAGCAGGGCGGCCGGGACGACCUCGUCCACAGCCUGCUGUCGCCGUGGAAGAAGAACGAGGACGUCCUCGUCGACCUCCGGGGCAUGGAGGACGCCGUCGCGCCGCAGACAUCUCCGGCGGCGCCCGCCGGCGACGAGGAGGCCUGGAAUGUGCAGGUCUUCCGGUCCAUCGACAGCAGCGCCUGCGCCGGGUUCCCCAAGACCCCGGCGGAGGCGGCGGCGUCGGGGCUCGUCAGCGGCAAGGACCACAUCAUCGAGCGGAGCAUCCAGGACGCGUACAUCCACGCCAUCCGCCGCGCCAGGCGCUUCGUCUACAUCGAGAACCAGUACUUUCUCGGGAGCUCCUUCGGGUGGAGGCUGCCCGACGGCGAGACGCCGGAGAACAUCGGCGCGCUGCACCUGAUCCCCCGGGAGCUCUCGCUCAAGGUCGUGAGCAAGAUCGAGGCCGGCGAGCGCUUCGCCGUCUACGUCGUGCUCCCGAUGUGGCCGGAGGGGGACCCCUCCGGCUGGACCGUGCAGGCCAUCCUCCACUGGCAGAGGAAGACGAUGGAGAUGAUGUACGCCGACAUCGCCGCCGCGCUCAGGGCCAAGAGCAUCGACGCCGACCCCAAGGAUUACCUCUCCUUCUUCUGCCUGGGCAACAGGGAGGCCAAGCUGGAGGUCCCCCGCGAGUACGAGCCCAAAGGCCACCCGCCACGUGGCAGCGACUACGAGCGGGCCCAGAAGGCGCGGCGCGCCAUGGUCUACGUCCACUCCAAGCUCAUGAUAGUGGACGAUGAGUACAUCAUCAUUGGAUCGGCCAACAUCAACCAGCGGUCGAUGGACGGAGGGCGGGACACGGAGAUCGCCAUGGGGGCGUACCAGCCGCCCCACCUCAACGCCGGCGACGGCGAGGUCGCCCGAGGAAAGGUCCAUGGCUUCCGGAUGUCGCUGUGGUACGAGCACCUCGCCGAGCUCCGGGACGAGUUUAGGGACCCGGGGAGCCUGGAGUGCGUCCGGAUGGUGAACAGGAUGGCCAGCGAGCUCUGGCGGCGCUAUGCCGGCGACGAGCUGGACGGCGACCUCCGCGGGCACCUGUUCAGCUACCCUGUCGACGUCGCGAGGGACGGCACGGUGAAGGCGCUCAAGGGGGCGGAGUCCUUCCCCGACACAGAUGCUCCGGUGCUCGGCUCGCUAUCUCUGGUGGUAUCUGUUGGAAGCCCGCUCACAAAUUAUAUCCUUACUGCGUAGGGCCAAAAAUUUAGUAUCUUGAAGCUGCAAGAUGCUAGACCUUCAAUAAUUUAGCAGUGCCUUCUACAAUGGGUGUGCACAAGUAGUCUAUGGCUCUGUAUUUUUUCUAAGCUACUAGUACUUCACUGUGUCUACGAAAAUUUGAAUAAUAAGUUAUUGUGUCACUAGAAGGAUUUAUUGAUAUAUAUUUCGGUUUUGUUUUAGUCUGUAUUAUUCCAUCUCCACAAAUAAUAACCGAAAUGUUUCGCUCAA